AUAAUGACUUGUAGCCGCGCAGCGGAACACAGGGACUAGUGGGUACAUACCGGGCUGUUUGAUGCGAGACACUAACCAUCUCUUGCUUUUAAUUAUUGUAGCCUUUUUUAUGACGCUCCGGAUGUAUUAUCUGACUGAUGGCUGUGACCGGAGCCGGGUGCGACUUAACAUAUUCCAAAAUGAGAGGGAUUGUGUCAUUUUUUACCGCCUUCAUUAAGGACAGAAAAAUGGGCUUAAACGACAUCAUUCAGAAGUUGGGGUCCAACCCGCACAUCUGUCAACACUCAGACGUCCGAGUAUUCCUGAAGAUCGAUGAGAGUCAGAAGAAGGAGACAGAGGAACCUCGGUGUCUAGUGUCACCCAGGAACUCUAUGGCAGAGGAGACUCAGAGGGUCAAGCCCUCAGAUUUUGACUAUCUGAAAGUCAUUGGGAAAGGAAGUUUUGGGAAGGUCCUGCUGGCUCGACACAAAGAAAGUGAGCAGUAUUACGCUGUCAAAGUACUACAGAAGAAAAUCAUCCUGAAGAAGAAAGAGAAGCACAUCAUGUCGGAGCGCAGUGUGCUGCUGCAGAACCUGCACCACCCCUUCCUGGUGGGCCUGCACUUCUCCUUCCAGACCACAGACAAGCUGUACUUCGUACUGGACUACGUCAAUGGAGGCGAGCUCUUCUACCACCUGCAGCGCGAGAGAGUGUUCCUGGAGCCGCGAGCGCGGUUCUACGCCGCCGAGAUGGCCAGCGCCCUGGGCUACCUGCACUCACUGCACAUCAUCUACAGAGACCUGAAGCCAGAGAACAUCCUGCUGGACUCGCAGGGUCACAUCGUCCUGACCGACUUCGGCCUGUGCAAGGAAGGUCUGGCCCCGAACGGGACCACCAGCACCUUCUGUGGGACCCCGGAGUACCUGGCGCCCGAGGUGCUGCAGAAGCAGGCGUACGACCGCACUGUGGACUGGUGGUGUCUGGGGUCCGUCCUGUACGAGAUGCUGUACGGCCUGCCCCCGUUCUACAGCCGGAACACGGCGGAGAUGUACAACAGCAUCCUGCACAAGCCCGUGGAGCUGAAGCCCAACGUCUCCAACGCGGGCAGGGCCAUGCUGGAGGGCCUGCUGCAGAAGGACCGCACCCUGAGGGCCGGGGCACGAAACGACUUCAUGGAGCUCAAGAGUCACCCCUUCUUUUCUCCCAUCAACUGGGAUGAUCUGAUGGCCAAAAAGAUUACACCCCCCUUCAUUCCCUCUGUGAGCGGCCCCACGGACCUGCGGCACUUUGACCCCGAGUUCACGCACCUCCCAGUGCCAGGUUCCCUUGGCAACAGUGACUGCCUGGUGACCAGCAGCCUGCGUGAAGCAGCCAGUGCCUUCCCUGGCUUCUCCUACACACCUCACGCAGACCACGCCUUCCCAUAACCGUGCCGACCACGCCUUCCCAUAACCACACCGAGCACAUAUUUCUGUAACCAUGUCAACCACGCCUUCAUGUAACCACGCUGACCAUGCCUUAAUGUGACCAUGCCAACCACACCUUCCCGUAACCCUGCCAACAAUGCGUUCCUGUAACUCCACUCUUGUACUGCUGACCACACCUUCCUCUAAGCCCGCCCCCUUGCCCCAGCCCUGACUCCACUGCCUUCUGUGGAUCAGGUAAGGACCCCAGCGCGGGUGGCUACCCUGCUGCCUCUGUGGAUUGGAUGGGAUAAGGACCCAAGUGCGGGUGGCUACCCUGCUGCCUCUGUGGAUUGGAUGGGAUAAGGACCCAAGUGCGGGUGGCUACCCUGCUGCCUCUGUGGAUUGGAUGGGAUAAGGACCCCAGUGUGGGUGGCUACCCUGCUGACUGCGUGGAGUGGAUGGGAUAAGGACCCCAGCGUGGGCUGCUGCCCUGCUGACUGCGUGGAGCGGAUGGGAUAAGGACCCCAGUGUGGGUGGCUACCCUGCUGCCUGUGUGGAGUGGAUGGGAUAAGGACCCCAGUGUGGGUGGCUAACCUGCUGCCUGCGUGGGGUGGAUGGGAUAAGGACCCCAGUGUGGGUGGCUACCCUGCUGCCUGCGUGGGGUGGAUGGGAUAAGGACCCCAGUGUGGGUGGCUGUCCUGCUGCCUAUGGACAUCGGCAGACAUGUUAAAAUGCCAAAUGGACUUGCAGUGCAAGUGGACAUUCUCUAUGCUGGGUGGAGGGAGGUGGGGAUGGUGAAGGCCCAGGAUGGUUAUUAUUCCUUUUGCUACACCCAGUCUCCUGCCACCACAGUCAAGCUAUGCUGGCGUGUGUGUGUAUGUGUGUGCAUGCGUGUGUGAGAGUAUGUGUGUGCAUGCGUGUGUGUGCGUCUGUACAUGCGUU